UCUGUCGGUCCGUCCGGUCCUCCGCCGCUCGCUCGCUCGCUGGGCCGGCGGGGAGGCCCCGCGCUCGGGGGAGAAUGCCCGCGGAGCCCGGGCCACCAUGCAAUGGAAGUCGCUGGUCCUGGGGCUGCUGCUGCUGCGGCUCGGCCUGCACGGCGCCCUCUGGCUCGCCUUCGGCCUGGGCCACAGCUUGGGCUUCUACCAGCGCUUCCCCAUCAGCUUCGGCUUCCAGUGCCUGAGGGGCCCCGAGGGCCGCGCCGAGGCCGCCGAGGCCGCCUCUUCCGCGCAGCCCUCCUGGCUGAAGGCGCCGGGGCUCAGGGGGCCGCGCCCGCCGCGGGCGCAGGCGGGGCGGCGGCCUCGGCCCGAGCGGGGCCCGGGGCAGGCGACGCCGGGCGUGUGCCCUAAGUCGUACUGGGCGUCGCUGCUGGGCGGCCGGGCCCGGGGCGCGGGGGGCGACGAGUACGAGCGGCGCUACAGCGGCGCCUUCCCCCCGCAGCUGCGGGCGCAGAUGCGCGACCUGGCCCGCGGCAUGUUCGCCUUCGGCUACGACAACUACAUGGCGCACGCCUUCCCCGAGGACGAGCUCAACCCCAUCCACUGUCGGGGCCGGGGGCCGGACCGCGGGGACCCUUCGAAUCUGAACAUCAAUGAUGUUCUAGGAAACUAUUCAUUAACCCUGGUUGAUGCCUUGGAUACGCUUGCAAUAAUGGGAAAUUCAUCAGAGUUCCAGAAGGCAGUGAAAUUAGUGAUCAACACAGUUUCAUUUGACAAAGAUUCCACAGUCCAAGUCUUUGAGGCUACAAUCAGGGUCCUUGGAAGUCUCCUGUCUGCCCAUAGAAUAAUAACUGACUCCAAACAGCCCUUUGGUGACAUGACAAUUAAGGAUUAUGAUAAUGAAUUGUUGCAUAUGGCUCGGGAUCUGGCAUUGAGAUUGCUCCCUGCCUUUGAAAAUACAAAAACUGGAAUUCCCUAUCCUCGGGUGAAUCUCAAGAGCGGGGUGCCCCCUGACGGCAGCAAUGAGACUUGCACCGCCGGCGCCGGCUCCCUGCUGGUGGAGUUUGGGAUUCUGAGCCGGCUGCUGGGGGACUCGACCUUUGAGUGGGUGGCUAGGCGAGCAGUGAAGGCCCUUUGGAACCUGCGCAGCAAUGACACGGGUCUCCUAGGGAAUGUCGUGAACAUCCAAACAGGCCACUGGGUUGGGAAGCAGAGUGGCCUUGGUGCUGGGUCGGAUUCCUUCUAUGAAUACCUCUUGAAAUCUUACAUCCUCUUUGGAGAAGAUGGUGACCUGGAGAUGUUUAAUGCUGCCUAUCGGAGUAUCCAGAGCUAUUUAAGAAGAGGCCGGGAAGCUUGUAAUGAAGGUGAAGGAGACCCGCUGUAUGUGAAUGUCAACAUGUUCAGUGGCCAUCUGAUGAAUACCUGGAUUGACUCUCUGCAGGCGUUUUUCCCUGGAUUACAGGUAUUAAUAGGGGAUGUGGAAGAUGCCAUCUGCCUUCACGCCUUUUAUUAUGCCAUCUGGAAGCGAUAUGGUGCCCUCCCAGAGCGGUACAACUGGCAACUACAGGCCCCUGAUGUCCUCUUUUACCCUUUGAGGCCAGAGCUGGUGGAGUCAACCUAUCUCCUUUACCAGGCAACCAAGAAUCCCUUUUACCUCCAUGUAGGAAUGGAUAUUCUUCAGAGCCUGGAAAAGUAUACAAAAGUCAAAUGUGGUUAUGCUACAUUACAUCAUGUCAUAGACAAAUCAAAAGAGGACCGGAUGGAAAGUUUCUUUCUGAGUGAGACCUGUAAAUACUUGUAUCUGUUGUUUGAUGAAGAGAAUCCAGUGCACCAAUCUGGAAACAGAUACAUGUUUACUACUGAAGGGCAUAUCGUGUCUGUGGACAAACAUCUUCGGAACUCUCCUUGGAAAAAAUCCCUUUCAGAAGAGGGAGAGGAGCACCAGGAAGAAAAACAUGUGCCUCGACCCAAACCUUUGGACUUAAAAGUGAUCAAUUCAAGCCUAAAUUGCAAUCGUAUUCCUGAUGAGAGAAGGUAUUCUCUGCCCCUCAAGAGUAUCUACAUGAGACAGAUUGAUCAGAUGGUCGGCCUGAUUUGAGGGAUCACCUUGCAUGGUGAUGUUUAAACAAACAGAUACAGAGGUCUAACUGAAGUGGAAGGAGUACAAAAGUCUGGCCAUGAAUAAUAUGAUGAUGGAGGUUUGGCCAGCAACGUACUUGCUCUCUGUUCUUGCAUAUUUUAAUUAUUCUCUCCAGUUCAAAACACAAUGAAAAUUGGUCCCCUGUAUUUCUUUAUCAAGAUUUGAAAUCAAGAGUAGCUGAUAGAUUGUCCCUUUACUGAACACAGUAGUCACUGAGCAAAGCUGAAGUGACAACUCUGAUUUUACAAUAGACUGCUUGUGAAGGCCAGUAUUAAGGAGUGGCUACCUCUUGUCAUAGAGGCUGGCGCUACCUUUUUGCAGUGGGAUUGUGGUUAAGAUCCCUCUACAGAAGGGUUUACUGGGUUCACUUCUUUUUUUUCAAACAGCAAUGUUUUCUCUUGUGGGAUGGUUAGGCUGUCUCCUAGCUCUCCAGUAAGCCAUCAUCUGUCCUGAUUUUGGAUUACAUUUAUUUUUAAAGAAAAGAAAAUUAAUCUUUUGCCACCAAUGUGCCAAGUAACCCUAACUAAUCAUUACUGCCAUGUCUGAAUUCUAACCAAUGGCUUCUGAAGGAUCAUAUCAUGGAACUAAGAAAUGACCUUGUUUUAAAAUCUAAAGUAACAUGGACUCUCCAGAAGAACUCCAGUAGUCCCACACCUUUGGGGUGGAGCAGAACUGCUCAGUGCUCCUCCCAGGCUUUUCGUGAUUUUAAGUGCUUGAAUUGUUGUCAUGCUUGCUGGCCAUGCUUCUUGAUCCUGACCAUGUUUAGGUUAAAAAAAAAAAAUCUUUUUUUGUUCAGUUUCAUCUCUAGUGCUCAUUGAAUGGAGAUGGGGAAAGAAAAUCACCAGGAUGAUACUCUUAUAUGGUUUGGGCAUUUUUCCUGCCCAAGUUUCAGUUAGUGCCUUACGAUGACUCGGUUAUGGGUCACUGAAAAUCUAAGCUGCUUCUACUUUUUAGCAGGCUCAGUUUGUGUUAGGAUCUCAUGGUGUUAGCAUAGAGCUAGGUAGGGCUGGAAUAAAAUAGUGAAAGAAUGGAUAGAUUGUUAUUCCUUAGGAAUGACUUGUGGUGGUGGGAAAAUGGACAGUAGGGACCUUUCAAUAUUUCAUUUCAGGGAAGUAAGUAACCAGGGAACUAGACUAACUUUUGGAGUGAAAAACCUCCUCUUGUUAGAAAGAAACAGAAAACUCUGGUUGGUAGUGUGUUUCCUUCACGCAUUGAUGCAAACAUGUCAUUAGUGAACUCAAACUAGAACUGAACUCUAAUAGCUGAUCUGAGGACUGUUACCAUCAAAGGUCGUGAUCUGGGCUGUCAGACACAGUGAGCUCCGGCCUUGCUUGUAUAUCCUACCUUGUCACUGCUGCCCACUUCAGAUUUUCUUUACCCUUUUUCUAAAGGGAAGCAGAUUGCUACUUAAACCCUCACAUUUAUCAACCAACUGGGGAAUUUUUCAUUCCUUUUUUUUUGGGGGGGUAAGUUUUAGUAGUUUUAGGUGUUUUAAGUUUUCUUAAAUUAGAUGUAAGAUUCAGCUCUUGGAUAUUUUUCAUAAUGUGGUUCAGAAACCUGUCAGCUCAUUUUAAAACUCUUUGCCAUUACAUAGGAUAUACUUUUUUAAAAAGCAAAAACAUAAAAUAUUGA